AUGGCUGCUGCUGCUGCUGCUGCUCUCGCCACCACAUUCGAUGCCCCGCCAAGCUGGCCAAACGGCCGUCCGCCACUCGUAUUUUCUACCGAGAGCAAGUGGGAUCAAAUCUUCGCCUCGUUUACAUUGGACCAUCAGAUUCAAGAGAAGUACGCGGAAACUAUUUCGGUACUCAAAGAAGAAGCAAAGAUGAUGUUAACAAUGGCUAAAGGGAAAUCACUCUGUGAGAGGUUAGUACUAAUCGACACGCUCGAACGUUUGGGGGUCGGAUAUCACUUCGAACAAGAGAUCGAGGAUCAGCUCGAACUUACCUUGACCGAGUUUGAGAAGGAACGCGAAGACUACGAUUUGUUUACUACUGCACUUUGGUUCCGUCUACUGAGGCAACAUCGCCAUUAUGUCUCUUGUAAUGUUUUUGACAAGUUCAUUGACCAACAAGACAAAAGAUUCAAAGAAACCUUGGGUGAUGAUGCUAAGGGGCUGCUCAGCCUGUAUGAAGCAGCCCACUUGAGUAUCCAUGGGGAACGAAUAUUAAACGAGGCCGUGACUUUCACGGUGCAUCAUCUCAAGCGUAUGGAACGACAGUUGGAGUCUCCACUUCAAGACCUCGUGAAGCGGGCUCUGGAGCAACCCCUCCACAGGGGCCUUGCAAGAAUAGAGACUCGUUACUAUAUUGACUCGUACGAAAAAGACGACUCGAGGAGCGAACAACUUCUCAAACUAGCGAAAUUGGAUUUUAAUUAUUUGCAGAAUAUGUACAAGAACGAGCUGCAGGAAAUCACUAGGUGGUGGAACAAGCUGAAGCCGAACCUGCCAUACGGGAGAAACAGAAUUGUUGCGUCGUAUCUUUGGGCGACCUCAUUCCACUUUGAACCUCAGUGGAAUAUGGAUGAGAUGGAUGGGCUUUCAAAUGAGCUGAAACUCAUGUACGAUUGUGCUAUCAAGUUUUAUGACGAGUACGAAGAUGAAGCAGCAACACAAGGAACAGCGUUUGCAGUUCCUUAUGCCAAAGAGGCUGUGAAAGAAUUAUGUUGGGCCCACAGCCAAGGGCUCAAAUAUACCAUGGGAGGACCAAUGGCAUCAUUCGAGGAUUACAUCUUAAAUUCGGUGAUUGGUGGUGUCAUCUAUGCAACAUACCCGGCUGCCUUCUUGGGAUUGAAAUCCGCUAGCCAAGAAACCAUAGAUUGGCUUAGAAGCAAGCCCAGUAUCAUUCGGGCUUCGGCUUUGGUGUGCCGGUACUUGGACGACUUGGGAAGCUAUCAACGCGAGAGCCAAAACGGGAUGCUCCUAACAGGGUUCGAUUUCUAUGUGAAACAUCAUGGUGGAUCGGUGCAAGAGGCUAAGGAUAAGUUUGUGGAGCUAGCUGAAGACGCGUGGAUAAGUUUUAACACAGAAUGGAUAGCUAAUGUUAGAAGAGAGGUACCAAAGGAAGUGGCAGAGGUGCUUCUUGGUUACGUCCGAGCAGCCGAUGUCUUUUACAGGAAUAACAGGGAUGGGUUCGCUAAAUGUCAUGCAAUGGCACCAGAAGUCGGGAUUGUGGCGGCGACGGGCGAGGGCCGGCACGGCAGGCGGGUCGUGGUUCACGCCCCCGGCGACCUUCAAUGUCUCUUGUGUGUGCCGUGGCGGAGAUGUCGUCGGCAGGUUGUGAUGGUUGCAGGUGGCGACAUGGUGGGUGUUGUCAGCGGCGACGUUAGUGGAGUGGCUGGUGGCGGCGGCGGGCUGGUUGCUGCGACGGGAAGAAAGUGGCGGACAGUGGAGACGGAGGCAGAUGACGGAGGCGAUGCGAGUUUGAUGUGA